UUUCGUAAAGUCCUAACCGGAAGUGGUUGGAAUAAAUGUACUCUGCACAAUGACUUGCUGGGCUUAACCUUUGCGGUUUCUUUUGUUUGUCAGAGCAAAAAAACACCUGGAGAUGUGGUUGCUGCUGCUGCUCGGCGCCUUGCUAGCUCUCUUCUGCACCCUGGACGUGUUUUACUUCCUGCGUGCAGCCUUGGUGGUUCUGCGGGCCUGGUUCCAGCCUCCCGUAUGGGACGUGACGGCAGAGCAGGUUCUCACGGGCCGAGUAGCCCCCCGCGACAUCGACAUGUGUCACAUGAACAAUGCCCGCUACCUCCGCGAGUGUGACUUUGCCCGCUUCUCUCUGUAUGUGCGUAAUGGCGUCUUCAUGGCACUGCGGGCCCUAGGGGCGUCCAUGGUGGUGGGGGCCACCACUAUUCGCUAUCGCAGGGCUCUGUGCAUAGGCGAGGGCUACGAGCUGAGGAGUCGGGUGGUCACUUGGGACGACAAAGCCUUUUUCCUGGAGCAGAGGUUUGUGUCCCGCAAAGACGGUCUGGUGUGUGCCGUCAUGUACUGCAAACAGAGUGUCAUACACAGCAGCCCAGACAAGAUCAUGCAGUAUCUCUGUAAGCGCAAGGUGGAAUGUCCUGAGUUCCCAGAGGACCUUCAGCACUGGGUCAACUUCAUCUCAGCCAGCAGUCAGACGCUCAGAGCAGAAAGCGGCCUUGAGAUGAAAGACAAAUAAGCUUUUUUGUAAUAGAGAUACUAAGUUAUUAGCCAAUAAAGUUCAAGUUGUGCCUUUUUUCUGCA